AUGAAAUCAUCACAUACAUCUCUCAUAUGCAUACUCAUGCUCUCUCUCGUCGCUCUACAUCAAUGUGUGAGGAUGAAGGUAAAAGAGAUAGGAAGGUCGAACAAAAUCUAUAUACCUCCAUGUUUCCGUGACAGCUGCGACCAUGUUUUAAAAAAAGACUGUUAUUGCUGCGGGUCAAAGCCAGAUCUUUGCUGGGAAGACCAACACUAUUGCAACACCCAUUGUCCUCCUCUAAAACCAUUAAUAAACUGAUACGUACAACAACUUACUUGUUCAAAUUUCAGACUUUUCUAUUCAAGCAUUCUUACAAUGCCUAAUUGUACCACUUUACCUAAUUUUCACAUAUACGAAUUAGUUAAGCCUGGAUAACUAUAACUACUAAAGAAUGUAAGAAAUUAAUAGUCGCUUAUGGAUGAAUUCUUGUCGAUAGUAUUUUUACAUUUUCU